GAGUACUCGCAUCCACAAAGGAGAGAGCUUCAGCAAAACCCAUCAUGGGCGACUCUAAGCUUUGCCUUUUGCUGCUUCUCAGCACAUCAGCCUUAACUCUGGCUCAAAAUGAAGACCGGCCAACCUGCUUGUUGGCCCAACGGUACAAGACCCUACACAAAUACGAAUACCAAUACGAGGCCGAAUCUCUGAACGCCAUCAAUGGAGCUUCACCGCUCAAGAACGGACCCAAGGCCUCUUGCAAGGUUGAAAUCGAAGUGCCUCAGACUUGUAGCUUCAUCAUCCACACCACUGGCUGUAGCCUGAGUGAGGUGGUUGAUAUGGACGCAGCGGGCCACCCUGUGUUCGGACCCUCACCAAGCUCGGAUGCCUUCGCCGCUGAGAUGGAGAGAUAUCCUCUGAAAUUUGUGAUCGAGGGUGAAUAUGACGUGAAACUGUACCCUGAGGAGGGCGAGACAUCAACCAUCCUGAACAUGAAGAGGGGAAUCAUCUCUGCCCUGGCUGUGCCUGUGGUCGAAGAACAGAAGAACAAGAACAUGCCCACCAUCCAUGGCAUGUGCAAGACGUCCUACACAGUCAACAACAGAGAGGAUAUUGCGACUGACAUCAGCCUCCGCAGGGAUCUGUCCAGAUGUGACAAAUUUUCCCCAAUGAGAGAUCACACCAGCCCCCUGGCACUCAUCUCUGGCAUGCACUACCCUCUGGCUCAGCUGAUCCGAAGCUCCCAGACCUGUAACUACAAGUUUGACAACGAGAAGAAGCACAUGACCUCCGGCUCCUGCGUUGAGAACCACAUCCUCAUUCCCUUCUCACACAAGGGCGAAUAUGGCGUUACCAAUGUUGGAAAGCAAGAACUGACCCUGGUUCACGUUUCUCCUCACAACGACAGAAUCUUUAACAAAGGUGAUAUCGUCAAGGGUCUUCACAUGGAGGCUGUUGAGGACAGGAGUGUUGUGCAGGAUAAAGAAUCUGCUCUGAAGCUCCUGAGAGAACUGGCCAAUCUGCCCGAGGCUGAAGGCGAGAGGAGGGCACACCUCUUCCACAAGCUCGUCACCACCGUCCGUGGGAUGAAGGCCGACACCCUGAGCGCCGCCAUUACCGAGGCUAUCGCCGUGUCCCGUGUGCUGACCUACCAGGUGCUGGCCCAGUGUGGAACACCUGAGUGCAGCAGUGGCAUCAUGCAGAUCCUCAGACAGUUGGACACCUCCUCAGUCGAGGUCGACGCCGCAGUGUUCGCUAUGGGACUCGUGUCAAACCCCUCUGCCCUCCUGAUCAACGACAUGCUUGAAAUGGCCAAAUACAAGCCCAGCAAGCCCAUCAUGUAUGCCCUGAGCAACGUGGUCAAGAGGUUUUACAAAGCCGAGGAGAAAAUGAUCCCUGAGAUUUACUCGGUGGCUGAAUUCAUGGCUGCUCAGUUGGGUGACUGCUCUGGAGACGAGGACAAAACUUUCCUGACACUGAGGGUUAUUGGAAAUAUGGCUCCAGCUGUGGUGCCUGCCAGUCCUGCACUGAAAACUGCUGUGAUGCAGUGCAUGAAUAAACCCGCUGCUUCCCAAGCUGUCCAGCAGGCUGCCAUCCAAGUAUACAGACUGAUUCCCGUCCCUGAUGAGGGUAGAGAGAUUCUCAUGAAUGUGCUUUUGGACAACACCAGCCCCCUGCAAAAGCGCAUUGCCGCAUAUCUGAUUCUUAUUAAGAACCCAACGCUGAGUGAACUGGUCAAGGUGGUUGAAGCCAGGCCCAGUGAGCAGGACAAACAAUUGUUAAGCUUUGUCAACUCGCACAUUGCCAACAUUCUGUCCUCAACAGAGCCGGAGACCCAAGAACUGAGAGAGAAGAUCCUUAAUGCCCUGCAGAAAAAUGAGCUCAAGUCAGAAAUGGACCCCACUAAGUUCUCUCGCAACUACAAGAUUGGAUCCGUUGAGGGCAACAUGAUCUUCGAAGGUGCCAAUUAUCUGCCCAAGGAGGUCAUGCUUGAGAUGACCCUCAAGGCUUUUGGCUUCGAAAUUGACAUGAUGGAGAUUGGUAUGGAGGGCAAAGGAUUUGAGCCAACUGUUGAUGCCCUGUUUGGAAAGAAUGGAUUCUUCCCUGACACUGCCCUGAAGUCAAUGUACUUUGUCUCCGACAACAUGCCGCUCAGAGUCAAUGAGAUCAUGCAGACCUUUAUGCCUGCUCUGAAGAAGGACAGGAUGAAGAGACAGACCACCCAGAACCUGAUGAGGGAGAUCAGCCACAACCUCAAAAAACUGAUGAGCGACCUGAAGACCGCGCAGACUCCCGAGGCAAUGGUUUAUCUGAGACUUCUCGGAAAUGAGCUUGGAUAUCUGAAGACAAAUGACGUCGAAGAGAUGGCCUACUCUGCCGUUAUGAUGUUUGACAGCAUGUUGAAGAUGUUCCCCGCUGAUCUCAUGAAGGCUUUGAUGACUAAGGCUGACAAUACAAUCUUUGCCCACUACAUCUUCAUGGACAAUGAAUUCGUCCUGCCCACUGUGACUGGUGUGCCUCUGAGGAUUGCCUUGUCUGGUACUUUCACCCCUGGAGUCAAAGGUGGACUUAAGAUUGCUCGUGACAUGACCGAAGUUGCCUUCAUGCCAUCCGCUGGCAUUGAGUUUGUGACUCGGGUUGGCUGCCACAUCCCUGAAUAUGUCAACUCUGGAUUAGAGAUGCACACCAACAUUUUCCAUGAAAGUGGACUCCAUGCCAAGAUCUCCAUGGGACGCGACUCAGUCAAGAUGUCCAUCCCUGCGCCAAAGAGCCCAACAAAGCUCAUCAAAAUGACAAACACCCUGGUGGCUGUGACUGGAUCAGAGGUGAUGACCAUUCCCCCUAUGGUGAUGGACAAGGUUGAUGUUAAUGAGUGCACUCCUGUCUUUGCUGGGAUGAAAUAUUGCACAGCUCUGCAGUACACUGAUGCUUCCUCUCAAGCGACAACCCCCUACUUCCCCUUCACUGGAGACAGCAAAUUUGGUGUGGAGCUCCAUCCCACUGGUGAAGUUACCGAGUACACAGCCACUGUUGCCUAUGAGCUCCUCUUGGAGGGAGAGGGCAGACACAAAGUCGACUCCGUGAAGUUCACUCUGAAGGCUGAAGCCGCAGAACCCACUGAAGCCAACGCUAUAUUGAAGUAUAACAGGAGGAAGAAUAUCAUCAGUGCCGACAUACAGAUCCCAGACUACGACGUAGAGGCUGGACUCAGGCUGGGUGUUGUUGAUGGAAACACUAAGGGCAGAGGAAUUCACUCAAUCUCCCUGGACUUCGUCAACAAGAACAUCCCUCAGCUCUCCCUGGUUGGCCGUGCCAAUCUGAAGGCCAUGAACAAAGGCAUGCUGCAAGUCCAGCUUCUCGUCCCCUCAAUCAGGGCUGAUGCCACUGUCACAGCUAACAUGAAGCGUGGUGAAGCGUUGGAGCUGGAGCUCAAGAGUGAAGUCAAGUUGAUGGACGCCACAUCCGAGCAGAAACUUGCAUUGAAAUAUGAUGCCAGCAAGAUUGAGGUUGCGUUCAAGUCCGAUGUGAAUAAUACUCAGACCACCUACCUACCAAACACUGAAUUGUUUCAGCAGUAUGGCAACCAACUUCUGGACACACAGGUGGGACAGACUGACAUGAAAGUCCGUCACAUCUUCAAGAAGUUUGUGGAGGCUGCAAACAACCACAUGGAUAAAUAUGGUGCUGAUGUCCCUUACAUUCAGAAUUUACGACUUCCUGCUAUGCCUGUAAUUUCCCUGCCAGAGACACUGUACCUCAAUACUGAGGCAAAGGCUGUAUACUACUUCAACAAUGAGCGCUUCACCAUUGCUAUCCCUGUUCCUCUUGGAGGGAAGUCAACAGAGGAGCUUAACUUCCCAUCAGUUUUGACCACACCUCACAUUUCUCUACCCCACUUUGGACUGGAGAUCGUUUCCAUGGAGAUUCCUAUCCCAAAUCUUGUUGUGCCUGAGAGCCUUACUCUGUCUCUUCCUCUUUUUAACAAAGCUGAGGUUUCAUCCCAUUUGAAGAGCAACCUGUAUGAAGCGGAGGCCUCAUUUGCUGUGGGAAAAGAUGUCGUAGCAACACCGAGCUACUCAGCAAAAUAUGACAUUAAAGGAAUCUCCCCAAUUGAAAUCCUGUCAGUAGAGAUUCAAGGCUCAGGAAUGGUAACAACAACUGACUCGGUUGAGGCCAAUUUGAAGACUUCUCUGUCCCAUAAGUUCAUUGACGCCAGAAUUGACGUACAUGGAGACGCAACCAUCACUGACAAACUCACCUUAAAGUCCAACAGCAGGAUCAGAGCUACAAGUCCAUUUGGUCUCGAUGUCGAACUUGUGCAUAGAGGUAUGACUGGAAUCAAUACUGAAGAAAUCUCUGGUGAUUGCAACGUUGAGGGAGAGUUCAAAGCUGGACCCAUCUAUGGCAAAACCAUUUCCACUCAGUCAUUUGCCAUCUCCCCAUUCAAGCCAGAAGCUAAGAUUGAUUCUAACAUUGAGUUUGACUCCACAUUUGUCAAGGCCCAAAACAAAAUUGCAGCAUCCCUUGCCAAUGGUGAGUUCUCAGUUGUGUCUAACACCAAUGCCUUUGAAGAUGUAUUGACACAUGUUGCUGAGCUUUCUGUGAAAGACUACAAGCUGUCCAUGAAAUGUGACGCCAACGCCCUUGCUCUUGGCAUGAAGAUCCACAACCAGGCUGAAGCUUCUGCUGGGGCUGGUGAGAUUGUAUUAAGGAUGGAGACAAAUGCAGAUCACUCUGAAAACCGUGUCUACUCUUUGCUGACAGCAUCUCUUGAUGUCACUGGUCUGGCUGUAAACAGUGAUGCCACCAUGAAACUUUUUGAGAAUGAGGCCACACACAAGGCUACUCUGAGAAUGAACAAGGAUGGUUUGGCCACAAGUGGAACAACAACCCUGCAGAGCCCCCUGUCCCUGGAAAACACAUUCAACGCUGGACUUGAUGCUUCAAGAGCUAUGUUAUCCAUUACCAACAAAGCUGCAAUCCGUGACAUCAAGGUUGACAAUAGCAACACUUUCACCCUUACCGUUUCUGGCCUUGACUGUAACUCAAAGGUUGAAGCAACAGCUAGUGAGUAUGGCUCUUACACUCAUGAUAUCACCGUUGACCUGAAACCCUACACUGUUUCUGCAAAUGUUCAUAACAAGCUGAAACUUCUGGCUGCCGAAUUCCUCAAUGAGGCUCAGCUGCGGGCAGAGUUCUUGAAGAUGGACUUGACUGGAAAUCUGAAAGCCAUAUAUGGUGAGGAAGAGAUCAAACACACCUAUCAGGUAAAUUAUGCUGACAUGACUGCUAAUGCUAAGUGCAGCACCACUGGAAAACUCUUUGGAACUCACAUGAGCCACAACACUGAGGUUGAAGUCGUUGGUCUUGCUGCCAGGAUCACCAACGAUGCUCAUUUCAACUCACAGCCAAUGCGCUUUGAUCACACCAUCCGCUGCAGCAUUGUUCCUUUUGAUUUCAACCUUGAUGCCAUCUUCAGUGCUGAUGCAGACAUCGCCAUGUACGGAAAGCACAGUUCCCAGCUCUAUGGAAAGUUCCUCCUUAAAGCUCAACCCCUGGCUUUUGCCAGCACUCAUGAAUGCAGAGCGUCACUAACUCAGCGACUAGACAAUGGCUUAUCCCUUGAGGCCACAUUUGACAACACCAUGAAUACUGUUGUGUUACCCCAAGAGCAGAGAACUAGCUUUAGAAUGACAUCUAAAAUUAAUGAGCAGGUCUUCACUGAGGGAAUAAGUAUUUACAAUAGCGCAGAGAGAGCUGGAAUUGAAGUUUCUGGAACCGUCCUCACAAACAUGCUCAACACAGAAUCCGCAGACAAUCAGGAAUUCGCCAUCUCUGGCUUCGUCAAGUAUGACAAGAACACAGACAGUCACGCAAUUCAGAUUCCUCUCAUUGAAAAUCUGCCUGCUUUCCUGGAAAGUAUGAAAGGCUUUGUUGUUCGUAUUGCUGAGGCACUGCAAGACUUACUCAACAAUAAGGAGAUACAGGCUAAGCUUGAAGCCCUUCCCCAGCAUAUAUAUGCCUUUGUUUCUCAACUAAAUAUUGAAGGACGAGUAACUCAACUGAAGCAAUUUUUCAGUGACUUUACCCAAACAUAUGCCAUUUCAAUGCAGGACGUGGAGGCCUCUUUGACCAACCUGAAGGUUAAUGUUAAAAAACUGCUGGGCAAUCUAACAUUUAUCAUUCAGAAAUUUACUGCAAGGAUGAAGGAGAUUAUUGUUGAUUUCACCUUCCCUGAAACCAUUAUUCAGAAAAUACAGGAGCAGCUGAACACAUUCAAUGAGGAAUAUGAUGUCAAGGCUAUGGUUGUGUAUGUGAUUGACACAGUAAUGGAGAUGUUCCAGCAGAUUGACUUGGAGAAACUGAAAGGCAGCAGUAUUGCAUUCCUGCGCGACAUUGACGUCAAGUAUAGCCUCAAAUCUACGCUGCAGUCAAUAAUGAGGGAUACGAAACAAAUGAUUGAAAUGUUUGAUUUUUCAGAAUUUGUUGCUGAACUAAAGAAAUUCCUUUUAAGUUUCAACUUUAACCCUAAAAUUAGGAUGUUCUUUACGACCCAGACACAGAUUUUCACCAAUAUAAUUGACUCUGUUAUGCAAGCGAUACAGGAGUUUGACAUUGUCAGUACGAUCAACACAGUCUUUACCAAGAUGAGAGAGUUGACCGUGAAAUUUGAGGUGGACAAAAUGAUUCAACGCAUCCUAGAAAAUGCUGUGGAGCUCGUCAAUCAGUUCAGAAUUAAGGAAACCAUCCAAGCUGUGUUCAAGAUUGUGAAGGAUGCAAACAUCCCCACCAAAUGCAUGCAAGCCUUCCAGGAUGCUAUUGAGUACUUGAAAUCAACUGAGGUCAAGGACAUGAUUACACAGCUAAAUGUGUACAUCGAAACUACUGUGCAAAAGCUGAACUCAUUGAAGUACAAUGAAUUUGUGGAUUAUACCAAUGAAAUGAUUACCGAGUACACUGAAUUCCUAAAUGAGCUAAUAAGGACCCUUGAACUACCCCAGAAACUUGCGAAGACAAGAGACUUUGUUAAUGCUGUCUUUUUGACUGGUAAUAGCAUCAUGGAGCGUCUGAGAGAAAUCAAAGUUGCAGAAGUGAUUAAGUCAGUCGAAGAUGUCAUUGAUGAGGUUGUGCUGAAUAACCUGAAGCGUUUCUUUGAAUUUGUCAAACAAGAAAUUAAGGAUAUGGAUGUCAAAGCUGAAAUAGCUCCUUACCUGAACCGCGCUAUUCGUUAUUAUAGACAAGUGAUAACUGCCAUCACUGACAUAUUCAAUGGUGUGGUUAUGAUGAUACAGCAUAUGACACCUGAGCAAAAAAUCUUCAGUGAGAUUAAGCAAAUCAGUCUUGGCCUAAGCAGAGAACUGAAAAAGGCUGAAUGGAUCAUUCCAUCCUUCACGGUUCCUUUCACCGAUCUUGCAGUUCCUUCCAUGGUGUUCAGCAUGAAUAAUCUUGUGGAGUUUGGAAUCCCAACACAGCUCGACAUCCCUGAAUUUAACAUCCUCGGCUCUUACAAUGUAAAAGCCAUGUCAAUUUCCUUUGAUGACAUCAAGCAGAGAAUAAUCGAUCUUAUUGAUAUGAUUGUAAACUUUGACAUCCAUAUGCCUGAUGUGGAUGCUUACUUUGGAGACCUGAAAAUGAACUAUCUUCCUUCCAUGCCUGAGUUAUCUCUGCCAGAGAUCACCCUUCCUGAGUUAUCAUUCCCCGCUGUCCCACAACUUUCUGUAGAAAAACUUGUUAUGUCUCUUCAGGUUCCUGAGAUCAAGCUGCCAGCCAUCCCAAGUGAUAUGAUGGUCCCAUGUUUUGGCAAACUCUAUGGUGAGAUCAAAUUCGUAACUCCCUUCUACACCAUCAAGACUUCUGCUGAGUUCGAGAACACCACUCAGAAUAUGAAUUCACCUCAGUUCUCUGGAUUCCUUACAUCACAGGCCACAUCGCCAAGUUUUGAUAUCUUUAAUUACAAACUUGACACCACAGCCCGCAUUGCACUCCCGAAAUUUAGUCGUGUUGUCAUAGCCGAGACUCUGAAGUUCAACCAUCUUGCUCUUGGAGUUAAUCACCAGGCAUCUGUUACUCUCUAUGGCCUAUCAGGUCAGGCCCAAGCCAAGACUACAGUUAAGGCAACUACUGAACCUUACGCUGCUGAAUUCACAAACACAGCAUUUAUUGCGAUAGAGGAAGGAAUGACUGCCUCUCUUGAUACAACUUACAUUCAUGAAGUGAACAUCCCAGUUUUUAACAUCAAAAGUGAGGCCACUGUCACACAGAAAUCGAUUGUUCGCCAAGACGGUCUCACACUCACUCUUACCAUUGACAAUGCAGGCACUGGCAAAAUUCAGUCUGAGGAUGUCAAACACAAGAGCGACUUGAACUUGUCACUCACUCCCAGGAUUAUCACUUUAACUUUCUCUGGUGAGACAGACUCUCCCAUUGUGAAGAUGAAGCAGCAAAUUACUGCUGAAUGUUCCACCCUUUCCUACUUCAAGUUUAAUGUCCGCAAUGAGGCAGAGGCACCAGCCAUUAAGAACAGUCUUCUUGUGGCAUCUGGAUAUGCCAACCUUUACGAUAUGAAGAUUGAGCUGAAAGCAAAUCAUGACACUGAACUUUAUGGCAGCACUGCAGUCAUGUCCAAUGGAAUUAACAUUGUAGUCCGUCCUAUUGAAGUUGCUUUUGAAUUCCAAAACAGAGGAAGUGCUAAGGUCUUCGUGGAUUCAAGUAUGAUGACUAAGAUAGAGCUUCAGAAUGACUACUCGGCACUCUUCAAACCUGACAGCCAACAGAUGAAUACAGUAGCUCUGGCUCGCCUUAAUCAGUACAAAAUGUUUUACAACUUCACCGUUAACAAUAACAAAAAUGAGGCUGGCAUCUUUGUUGCCAUAGAUGGUGAGGCCAAUCUUGACUUCUUGAAAUCUACCGUCACCAUUCCUGAGAUGGAGCUGCCUUUUGUUGACUUGCGUACUCCAGGUCUCAUAAUUGAUAACUUAUAUGAGCGGACAGGAUUGGAAAACAUUUUGAUCACCACUGAGCAGACCGUUGAUGUGGAUGCCAAGGUUGUCUAUCAGAAAAGUCAAACUGCCCCACUUGUUGCUUUGAUGGGUCCGAUCCAGAUUCCUUCCAUGGGUAACCUGAUCUCAGAACUGUCCUUCAAGUCUGCCAUCAUCAAUCUGAAUGUCAAUGCUGGACUGUAUGCUGAAGAAGAUCUUGUGUUCCGUCUGGGAGCUACCACAGUCUCUGUGUUUGACACUCUAAAAGCCAAACUUGAUGGCACCACCAGUCUUACCACCAAGAGAGGAAUCAAGUUGGCUAACUCUGUGUCGCUUGAAAAUCGCCAUAUUGAAGGCACUCAUGACAGCUCCAUCACUUUGAAUACUGAGACUUUUGAACCUGCAGUCUCUGUGGCUACUAAUGGAAAGAUUUCCCUGUCUAUACUCUCCAUGGAAGUGAACCAAAAUCUGGUCGCAAACAUCAAAACCAAAGCAAACGCUGCCUCUACCUUGAGGAUGAAAGCUAAUUUCAACAUCCCUAUGAUUAGGGCAGUUGGAAAGGCUGAGGCUGACCAUAGUCUGAAACUGGAAGGAACCAUUGAGUAUAUUUCCAUGGAAUCAACCACCAAAGCAACUGUUGAUAAGACUCUGCUUGAAGACUAUCUAGUAUUCGGACACCUUGACAAUGAAUUUAAUAUGUACCUAAACAAAGAUGGCCUACGCUCCACCCACAAGAUUAUUAGCGAAGCCAAUUUUAACGAUGGCACCAACAAAGUCUUUGGCCUGAAUGUAAAUGAGAAUCUUGCUGUUGAAGCCUCCCUGAGCCGCGUGUAUGGAGUCCUGAAGUAUAUGAGCAACAAUGAAGCAAACUUGUUCAGUUUCCAGACCAAUGGAAAGCACAGUGCUCAAGUGACCAUCGACAUUGCACCAAUGUCUUCUUGGACUGCUGAUAUUGAGAUUGAUAUCGCUCAGCCAAGCAGCCUGGGUGACCUCACUAUCUUUGACAAAACUGUUGCUGAAGUGACACCUGCCAAGCAGAAGAUAUUUUCCAAUGCCAAGUUUAUGAGCCCACUGUACAGCACAAACCUGGCGGCAGGGUUCGAGGGCAUGGCUCCUGUCUUCAAAGUCACCGUUAAGUCCUCUGCCACCUCUGUGAUUGUCUUUCUGCAAUAUGACCUCGAUGCAUCCACUACUGCUAACUUUGAGAAUGAUACUGUGAAGAUGAUUAGCAAGGUUUCUCUGACCCAUAGUGACAUGGUCAUGGAUAUCAAUCAAGUCAUUACUCAGAUCUUGAGGAAAACGCGCCAGGCUGAUAACAGUGUCUCUCGCCACACCCUGAAUGUGGACAUCACCAGUCCUACCUUCACUGAUGUGAACCUUCGUUAUGCUGCUCGCAGAGAUAGUAUUAGUGCCUCAGUAUCAACCCCAUCCACUGGGUUCCUGGGCUUCCAGUUGAAUGGCAGAGGUCCAUCUCAGCUGACUGCAAAAGUAUAUGGUCGUUAUCCUUCUUCCCCAGAGGUUGAUGUUGAAGUCUUGGUCAUCAGAUCAUCUUCCAAGGCUGCAGAUAAGAUGAAUCUACAGAUUGCCUACAACAUGGAGGCACCAAAGCUAAUGCUCUCUGGGCUGAAGAUGAGACUCCCUUCCAUCAUGUCUACAUUCACAAUGUUUGCUGACAAGUACCAGAUCACAUCACACGUGGAACAGUUGAAGACCGUGUUUUAUGACCGCAUGUCCAAGACCUAUAAUGCUGUCACGAGCUAUGAUGAUCAAAUGAGCCAGCUGUCAAUCUUCUUCAAGAAUACCGUUGUCGAGUACCAGAAAAAUGUCCAGGUCUUAAUGGAUGCUGUCGUCAAGUUCUUAAGGGAGACUAAGUUCAAAUUACCUAGCUCUGAUGAGAUGACCACGCUCCCAGAAGUCUUAAAGAAGCUGACCAGCAGCAUUGCAGAUACACUAGAAGUAACCAUCAAUUUCAUCUAUGAAAAAAUGGUCUACUUUACUGCCUUUAUGGAAGACAUCAGCGCAGUGAAAUUGCAAAUGCCAAUUGGGGAUGCCAUUACGAUAGGUCAAAUUGUAGAUCAGGUCAAAACAACUUUGAGGAGAGUAUUUGCUGAACUGGUUGACUUUGUGAAGAAAAUGGAAAGUCUUGAUACAAUGCUAGAGAAGAUUGGUGAGACCUUCCAUGCUGUUGUCGAAAAAUCUAAGGGGUUCGUUGACUCUGUCAAAUCUGACUAUUUAGAUGCAGUGUUCGUCAACAUCAAUGCCUACCAUCGUUACCUUGUCAGGAAUCUCAGGGAUUUUGUGAACUACGUUUAUCUAUAUAUAUUAGAUGGCAAUAUGGAAACACUCGAUACCGCAUUUGAGAACAUGAUCUAUGUUGUGGACCAGUUCAAUAACACUGUUAACGGUCUCCUGCAGCAAACCUCAGAGGAGGUUAAAGCCUAUGUUAGAGUUAGUGAGGGAAAACUUGAAGUUGAUCUUCCAUUUACCUUCCAACUGUGAGGAACCCUCACACACUAAGGCCUAAGUCCACAUGAAACACUACCAUCUGUUCAGAACACAUGUUGGGAAAGAGGGGAUAAUCAGCUCUUUAGCCAUAUUUUUUAACAUAACUGUAACGUUAACACCAAGUAGUAUCAUCUUAAUUUAGAUGGAUUACUGUGUACUGUGUACAAAUGUGUCAUUGCAUUGUAUAGGAGCUGAAUUGUCAGCAACUCCUGCAAACCUUCAAUAAAUACUCAAAUCCAA